UUUUGAUUAACCAGAUCUCACUGUGUGUAUAUAUAUGUUAGAGUAAACAAGUGAUUGUUCGUAAAUCAGAUAAGCUGUGAAAUUCUGGUCACAUCGAAAUGUCUUCCAAUUCCGAUUUUUCAUCAGUCGUGUUGUUGCUGUGUUUACUUGUGUGUUGCUGUGUUCAUGCGAAAUUGGAUGAUGUGAUGAGAAAUGAAUUGUUAACUCUUCACAACGAAGCAAGACAAGCUGUUCGAAAUGGUCAGCUAUUUGGACAACCGAUAGCAGUCUCCAUAAAACCACUGAAAUGGAAUGUGGAAUUGGAAAGGAAAGCACAAAUUCUGUCUGAUCAAUGUCGUGUUGGACAUGAUACAAAUGCUGAUCGUCAAAUACCGGAAUUCCAAUAUGUUGGACAGAAUUGGGCCGGUGCGACAGACAUCAAAACCGGAUUUCAAUUAUGGUUGGACGAAUACAAGAAUUAUGACUUCUACACGAGAACCUGUCGUAUGGGUCAGUGUGGUCAUUAUACUCAGCUUGUUUGGGAAGACACUACGGAUGUUGGAUGUGGUGUUACGGACUGUCCGAAUUUCCCAUACGGACUAAGUAUUGUGUGUAACUAUGGUCCUGGAGGCAAUUACCCUGGACGCCCACUGUACAGAACAACAUGAAGAAUUGUUGUGUACCGAAAUCAAUCAUUAUUGCAAUUGUCUUUUUUGCAUUUCAUUUAUCGUAUCACUCCUGUACACCGGUGAAAAUCGCCCAAUUCGUA